AUAUCAUUACCAAUUUUAAUUUUUGACAGAAUUACAGGGUAAACAAGAAGCAAAAAAUAAAAACAACUACACUAACUAAACAACAACUCAAAUUGAACAAGAUAGGGAAGAUACAACCAGCUAAAAACCCACACGAAGGAACCAACAGAGUAGGUACUAGUCGCUUGCCGCAAAAGGAUGAACCGCAGUGAAUACAAGAUCCUGAGCCCGGUAAAAAGGAUGAGUUUACUUCAAAACAAAAUCCUUCAAAAAUAACGUAAAAUUAACAGUCAUUUUAUUUAAUUGAUUUCCAAAAUAUAAAAAUACUAUUCAUUCUUGUGAUUUCAAACUUAAAACGACAUAUUUUGUAUAUUAUUGUCAGAGAAAAAAUCAAAAAUGUUAUAACUAAAUAUGUGGAUGUAGGAGAAUGACUUGUUCUUUUCCUCCCCCUUGACGCGCUAUUAUGGUAGUUAGGCAUGGGCGUUCGGGUACUCGUUGGCAUUUGGGCUGGGUUUUUCGAAUUUCGAUUCUCUUUUGUAACACUUCCUAUGUCUCAUUCUAGUAAAUUUGCAAGUACAAAUCGGGUUCGGAUAUAACACAUCGGGUUCAUGUCGGUUUUGUAUCACAUCAUAAAACCCAUAAAGUAAAUCAUAUAUCAUUCGGAUUCGGGUUAUAUCGGAUCGGUUGGGAUAUACCCGAAAUAAAAUCUCAAAUUUAAAAGCAAAACAUAAGAAAUAUAUAUUUAUUUAUAUAAUUAAGUAUUUAAGGUAGUUAUUUAAAUUUUAAAUACUUAUUGUUAGAUAACAUAUCAAAAUAAAUAUGAAAUUGAAUAUUUGAAGUAUAUAUUCAUGUUUCAUAUAAUUACAUUGUGUAUUAUUUUGGACAUUCGGAUCGGUUUCUUCGGAUAUCUUUUCGGAUUUUUUGGUUUUUUCGGUUUUUUCGGGUUACCCGUUAGGGUUCGGUUAGUAACAUUUCGGAUUGUAAUAUGUUCUGUACCACUUUACAAGACCCAUUUGAAUAUUUUUUACAUUUAGGACCGGGUACGGAUCAGAUUUUUUGGUUCGGGUUCGGUUUGGAUUUCGUGCUAUGAAUUUUAUGCCCAUGCCUAAUGGUAACCGUUACAAAUCUAAAACUAGAAAUUUAUGGGUGAACAAGAAAUAAAGAAGAAAGAACAAAAAAAAUUACACAUGGCAUGGGGACAGAGCCCUGACAACGAUUUUUAAUGCCGUAAAAAUAAUAUUUAUAUUUUACAAAAAUGUUUGCAAUAAAAUAACACAAACAAUCAUGCAAGAAUACAAGUUAGAAAAACUAUCAAAUAAAAUUACCAACAAAAUAUACAACUAUAUUUUUGGUACAUAUUUUCUUCAAAUUGUACAAGUAAAAAAUGAUGCCCUAAACCAAUGUUUAAAUUUUCCUUCAAGUACUGGAACGGCUAUGGAUACUGACGUGUGGACAUGCAGCUAGUUGUGUCGUGGGAGAUGAAAAAGCGGUGUGGGGACAGGGACAAAUGCACUUGAGUGGUUAAGAAGGACGGACUAUACUUGAGACAUGGAAGACGAUAUUUUUAGUAACAAGUACACGGUAACGAGAGGUGGAAUGAGUAUGUUCAACAUGAUGUCCUCCAGAAAGCUUGCAGCUAAUUUAGCUAUGCGGCGAUGUUGUUCAGUAUGAAGAUUGUAACAAUGUCGUGAUUUUCGUAUCGGUAUGUUGUUAUUCGUGUUAAUAAAACUAAAUUAAUGUGUAACUUUAUAAAUGGUGAAAGUGAGAAAGAACGUAUAUAUAGUUUAUGCAUGUCAUCAUCGAAGAACCUUGAGAGUUUAAGACAAGACAUUGUGCGUCUCUGAUUUGGAAGUGAUAAUAAUUCUGUUUUUAAUACUUAACUAAUAAGGUGAAAAUUUGAUUAAUGUUGUGGAUUCAUUGUUAAAGAUACAAAAAUAUCCCAUAAUAAAAUCUAUAUAUCAUUCAUUUAAACAUAACGUUCUAGACUUUUCAGCCUAUGUGAUAAACAAUCUCAAAGAGGAUGAUGACAAUUGUGGUCAAAUUUUCUGAGAGACAGCACAUAUUGUUAUUCAACUUUUGCGAUUUGCUUUCUGUUUUAUAACCAAAAAUAGAUGAAAAUACCUUCUAGUAUUUCUAAAUAUGGCAGCGGCAGCAGUAACGGUCUAGCUAGUUGUCAUCUAAUGGCCAUUUAUAUAUAGGUCACACCUUCACCUGUUCAAAUAUGUUCCGUAAGCACCAAGACUCGACGAUAAAUCAACAUUCAAGAAAACAUAGCAAACGAUUAAUCCAAAUGGCAAGAAACCAAGGCUUGUGGUUCUUCGUGGCGGCGGUUGUGGCCGUAGCAUUGUUACCUGCACCGACAAUGGCGGGUCGUCUAGAGCUAAGGAACGAGAUCGAAGGGGUCGUUCUCCGGAAAGCGAAGCUGUCCAUGCGGUGUUGGUCGAACGAGGACGACCUCGGGUGGGACGUGAUAAAGCCAAUGGAGUCACGGCUGUGGAAGUUCACGACAAUGAACAUGUGGCCGUUCCAGAAGACUGAGUUUCGGUGCCAGUUUCGAAGCGGGUUUGGAACAACGAACCAAGAAGUGGUGACCGUGUUCUCUGUCAAAAGCGGGUUUCGGAAGGAGUGCGGAUUCUUAGGAGAUGAGUGCACUUGGGUAGCGAAGAGAGAUGGGUUCUAUCUGAGGAAGGCCAUAAGGGACAAGGAUGAUACUAAGACCUUUGUUGAUAUCCUCAAAAGCAAAUGGGUUUGGAAAUGGUGAUUUUAAAAAAUAUUUUUGUACAAUUUCUUUUAUCAAACAACAUUCAUUAUACGGGUAAAUCCAUACAUACAUAACCGGUCAUAAAAUUUUACGAGACUUGAAAUAAUUAUGGAUUACAAACUAAAUUAUCAAUAUAUAUAUAUUUUGUAAACUGCACGUAUGCUUAAACCAAGUUUUGGUUGGUAGAAAAACGAUUCCAAAAUACAAUUCUAUUCGAUUAUAUAUGGUUUACAUGAAAAAAUACUAUACUUCUGGUUCUAACCUUAUUUGCUAAUAAAUCUGAAUAGACAUUUCGACUCUUCAACAAAUAAGUUAAAGCUCAAACUCUAAAAAACUAAUCUAUUAAUUUAGGGUUCUAUUUUUAUCUACCAUUAGCAAGUCAUAGUAAGACCACCUAAAGAAAUAGUUAAUAUGAUAUAUUUGAUUAUUUACAUUAAUAAUAAACCAAUUAUAAAUUUGAAUUUUAUUUUUUAAUUAUAACAAAAUCUGUUGAGAAAUAAUCUAACAAAAUCUUACUUAAAAUUUAAAUAUUUUUAUAAAAUAACAUAUUAAUUAAUUUCGUAAUUAAUAAUAUAAUAUUAUUAUAAAUCAAUGUUAACUAAAAUUUUAUUAUAAAAAA